AUGCUACUUCCAAGUGUAUCACGAGAUUUGCAGAUAGCAAUUGUAAAAGCUUACCCUAAAAAUAUAAAAUCUUGUGAUGAUUGGCUUGGCUUUCUUAAUCAUAUGGAAAGAAAAGUUAGAUCAUUGGAUCGUGGGUCAACAACAACUAACAUACUUUUAAAUUUAUAUGAAAGUGCUAUAGAUUCAUUAGACGUGAAUUGGUCAGAUGAAAUGUAUCUUACAAUUUUUAUCAGAAGAGCAGUUUUAGCAUCAUAUGAAAAUUCGGACUGUGGUCCUGUACUCCUAAGCUUAUGUUCUAUAAAUGGACGUCGAAAUCCACAGUUGAUUGCCGCUGUAGCGUAUUAUUAUUUCAAGCAAGGAGAUAAGAAUAGAGCUAAAGGUCUUUUAAACUCUACGAAAAAGUGUGUCGACACAUGUGGGGUGGAACUGUUAUGUAGAGCCGAAAGUAUGUUAGAUACAGACGAUGAUUUCAAAUCGUUAUUGGGACCAUUUUAUUACAAACCAGACUUUGAUUUUCAAGACAUAAAUUGUUCUCAGGCAAGUUCAAGUGGAGUUUCUUCAGUUCUGGAUUCUACUUGUCCAAAUGAUCACACAGAAGAACGUUAUCAGUCUGUAACAGAUAUCAAUUUUGAACCGAAUGGAAAUUCACCAAACAUUCCUAGUAAUUGCAAUCCAGCUGAAUCAAUACAAAUAAUUGGUCCAGUCAGGGAUUUAUCUAAUUCUUCCCGGUCCUUCAAAUCAUCAGGGCUUCCAGAAGAACUGUCAGUUACUUCAGUCACAAGUAAUCCAAAUAUGAAAUCAUUACAACAGCCUGAAUUAUCCACCAUUGUUGGUUCUAUUAAAUUGAAUGGAAGCUGUGAAAAGGUGUUUUCACUUGAUUCGGAUAAGAAAUUGAUUUCUGUCGGUGUGCAAACUGAGCUGGUCAAUGAAAGUGACCAAUUUAUAACUGUUAAUGGUAAAAAGUAUCGAGUAAUUAAUGAAUUGGGACGGGGAGGUUCAUCGGUGGUGUAUUGGGCUAUGGACUCCGAUUUAAAUCCAUGGGCAGUGAAAAAAGUUGAUUUGAAAAAUCUUACACAAGAAACAGUUACGUCGUAUAUAAAUGAGAUUGAGAUGCUUAAGAGUUUGAUAAAUUCUGACAGAAUUAUCCGACUACAUGAUUAUCACUGUACAUCAGAAAAUCUCAUACUUGUUAUGGAGAAAGGAGAUUGUGAUUUGAAAAGUGUCAUUCUUAGCUUUUGGUCUGGUGGUGCACAAAAACCGUCUCGUUCACCAUCAGGUAUGCUUACAUCUGGGAUUGUAUUCUAUUGGGAUCAAAUGUUGCGGUGUGUGAAAGCACUUCAUGAUCGUCGUAUUGUUCACUUAGAUUUAAAACCACAAAACUUUGUUCUAGUCUAUGGACAAUUGAAGCUUAUUGAUUUGGGGAUUAGUCGUCUAUUACCAGAUGAUUCAACGACUGUAAACCAUUGGUUGAAGUUGGGAACUUUAUCUUUCAUGAGUCCAGAACAAUUGGAAGAAGCUGCUGCUGCUACUCCUUCAUCCUCAUCUGGCCUAAAUCAAUCGUUUUUCUUGGGUCCUGAAGUUGACCAAGAAAAUCGUUUUAAGGUUGGUCGUAAAUCGGAUAUUUGGUCAUUAGGUGUGAUCCUUUAUAUGAUGGUCUACGGUCAAUUACCAUUUAAUCAAGACAAACUUCACUCUCGUCUAUCAGCAAUUAUAAAUCCUAGUGUAAAAAUAUCUUUACCAGCUAUCAAGAAUAAAUCUAUUUAUAAGGCCUUAGAACGGAGUUUAGUUCGAAAUCAUUUAGAAAGAGCAUCUGUUGAUGAAUUGCUGAGUUAUGAAUAUGUGUCCAGUACGUCAGCUGCUGACUCAUGGUAG